CUCGUGUUCAGAAUUUACCGGUGACACUUGGUAUAGUAGAUAGGGAGGGUGUAUAGACUCUCCUCCAUGUGUAGGAAAUGGACUUGGCGUUUGCUUCUUCUCUUCAGUACCCUCUAACUGGAAACAGAUCCGUCGGUGCGAAGGCGAAGACUUUUGUCUCAACACCAAAUGCGGAGAGAAAUCUGUCAUUUCGAUGUUUGGCAAGGGAAGUAGCCAUCCAACAUAGGGCAAGGGUAGGGGCGUUAUUUGGUUUUCCAUUCCAGGACCAGGAGAAUGUGUUUGAGAUAGAAAACAGAAAACAGCAUCUGCUGAAAGCCAUCCAAGAAACACAAAGGGGCCUUGUGACCACUGCCCAUCAACGUUCCUCCAUUGAGGAGGCCCUAGUGAGCGUGGAGAGUUACGAUUCCGGUGAGGGUGAGCCAAUCGAUCUGAACAAGUUGGACGGGACGUGGCGUUUGCAGUAUACAUCUGCCCCCGAUGUCCUCAUUCUUCUAGAAGCCGCCGCAAGGCUUCCCUUCUUUCAGGUUGGCCAAAUUUUUCAAAAAUUUGAAUGCCAGGGUCAAUCUGAUGGAGGUUUCGUGCGCAAUGUUGUCCGGUGGAGUAUCCCAAACUUGUUAGAGGAGCAGGAAGGUGCUACUUUGCUUGUUUCUGCAAAAUUUUCUGUCAUUUCUCUGCGUAACAUCUACCUCCAGUUUGAAGAGAUAGCUGUUCAGAACAUAAACAUCAGUGAAGAGUUGCAAGCUUUAGUUGCUCCAGCAAUACUGCCACGCUCAUUUUUGAGUCUACUGAUCUUGCAGUCCAUCCGAGCUUUCAAAGCUCAAGUUCCUGUGAGAGAGUCAGGAGGAAGGCAAUCGGUGGGAGGACUAUAUUACCUUUCAUAUCUAGAUGGCAAUAUGCUUUUGGGUCGCACAGUUGGAGGUGGAUCAGUAUUUGUGUUUACCAGAGCUCAACCUCUUAUUGGAUGAGGAACAAAAAUGAACACUUUGUAUUGGUUCACACCAGAAUCCUGGCCUAUUUACUACUGUAUAUGUAAUGGAUCGACAAUUAUGUAUUCUCUUGUGACGGAAGUUGUACUUGGUGGUUGAUAUUGUAUAUUGCAGCCAUGCGGUCUGAAGUUCACCAUGCCCUUCCUUUUUUACUCUUGUCCACUUUCCUACAUGAGUGAGGUCUGAAAUUCACUUCAACAUGCCCUGUUGAUAUAUAUAAUCUUUUUAUUUAUUUA